UGAAUUAAAGGGCACAAGCUAGCCUGGUACUUGGCAUCAAUCUUCUCGGCAUCAAAUUGAUGUUCUCCACAUAUAAAUUCAAAUUAUUACUGCCUACCUAUGUUUAUAGGUAGGUAAUCAACAACAACUUGAACUUACAUACCAAUUACCUGGGUAUCUCUCAUUCUAUAAUCAGAAUGUCGAAGCGUUCGUAUACAGACUUCGCAUCCAAGGAUGCAACGUCAGUUUCGCAAAUCUUGGAGCAUGCCGAAGAUUUGCUGAGAGCUGCAAAAGCCUUAAAGAAGGAGCUCGAUACAUUUCGUGAUGUUCCCGAAGUAAACGAUCAAAUCAUAUCGGUCCUGCAACGCCACAACAAGAAAAUAUUGCCUUCCGCCCAAUCACUAACUCAAGAUGAGACGAAUGCCAUUAAUCAACAUGAGCCUGGAUCUCACAAGAUUCAAAAGCUCGAUGGUGAUGGGGGAACUUCCGGCAAUGCGCCUACAGCGCUUAUCAUACCACCACCGGUAUUACUAACUCGGUGGACACCUGAUGAUAUACCUAGCUCGGGUCUGCCGCCUUUGCCUCCUAUCCUAGAUCCUGCUCUCGAACAGGCAGCGCUUACUCACUCCGGGAUGACGACGAGGCCAACAGAUAUGAGCUACGAGAGACUCGAGUGGAUCGGAGAUGCUUACCUCUACCUGAUGUCUACAUCUUUCAUCUACCAAACCUUCCCAAAUCUAAGUCCUGGGCGAUGUUCUCAGUUACGCGAGAGACUUAUCAAGAACGGGACUCUGUCCAACUAUACUGUGCAGUACGGAAUUAAUAAACGCACGAGAUUUCCUGCCGAGUUUGAUCUACAUGGUAGAAUCGGCGGAAGCCAGGCGUCUCAUAAUGCGAAGAAGAAAGUGUUAGGCGAUGUGUUCGAGUCUUACGUCGCAGCUGCAAUUUUAGGGGACUCGGAAGGCCUAUCGCGUGUGUCACUCUGGAUAAAGUCCCUUUGGAGCACAACGAUCGCACAAGAGAUACGGGAAGAGUGCAGAGGUCAAUCCCGUCCUACACAUGAUUAUUCGAAGACCGAGAACAAUGACGAUAGCCAAAAGCCUGCCAAACGGGACUUAAACCCUAAAGUUCAGCUCAGUCAGAUCAUUGGCGCCAAAGGAGUCAAGAUCUCAUACAACGACGUGGGUGGACCGAAGAUGGACAAGGCCUCGGGGAAACUUCCGUGGUAUACAGUGGGCGUGUUCUUCGAUGGUUUUGGAGAGAAAAACCUUCAGCUCGGUAUCGGAGGUGCAUUGUCGAAGAAGGAGGCUGGGGCCAAUGCAGCACUCGCAGCGUUGGAGAACAAAAGCUUGAUCAAGCGUCUGCGAAAGAAGAAGGAAGAAUCCUUACAAGCAGCAAAGUCGGCCGAAUCGACCCAACAAGAGUAUGACAACUGGUCUUAGCCGAGUUACAUUUUGCAGUGUACCCGUUAUGUGGCACCAGAUAUUUACGACCAGAAAAUAAGAAUCAGAAAAGGCCAUCCUAAUUAAUUAACAUACUAGCAUAAUAAUCAUUCCCGAGAGAAACCCCCGGUUAUAUACUGCAUAGGUAGGUAUAAUGUAUGUUAAGUUAGGUCAAUGGCUUAUUCAUACUUACUGAUAUAUCUAUAUAAUCCAUCAAGCAACCCCGUCUCGUCACCUUGUGAAUGUUUAGCCUCACGAUAACAGGCGAGCUAUUGGGUUGAGCUGGUUGAGUUAGAUAUGAUCCAUUAUGAAACCACUCCAAUAGAUACUCGAAACAUAUUCAUAAAAAUGUAAAAUUGCAAGGCAUACAUGUGCUACACUUGUCCUAUCUGCAUUUUAUAACG